GCUGUCGAAAAACGAUCGUGAGAAAUAAAUAAAUAAGUAAUAAAUAAUUUAAAUAAAUAAAUAAAUAAAUAGACCCUGCACUGUAUGCUUUCUUAAGACUCCUGGCGGCUCGUGUAGGGUCGCUGUAUUGAGCGCGGGGCUAACUGGUUUAAACAGUUGAGUUGGCUCGCGCAGUGUUUUCAUGGCGCUUUACGGCAUUUAGGACGUUACCGAAGGAGGAAGGCAGUGCGAAGUGAGCGAAGUGGAAGAAGCAGCUCGCUGAAGGAUAUAGCACCCGGGAGCUAUUUCUGUUAACCUGGGUGAAGGGGAAGAUAGACGCGGUCCAUCUCGUCCAGGACUCGUGACGUACCUCAUCGCUCUCCAUGGAGCCGUACAUGCUGGCCUCGCACGCCCAGCUCUGAUACUCUGAGAGGAUUUCUCAUUGAGUAGUUCACUGACCAACCAGAGAAAGAAAGAGAGAGAGAGAGAGAGAGAGAGAGAGAGAGAGAUGGGCUUCUAAUGCACAGACGUCUCGUGAUUGAGCUUCUCAGGCGGCUCGGACCAUGUGGAAGCCACGCUGCUGACUCCCGGGAAAUCGUUUUAAACAUUCGUGCCUGCAUGCUGGCAUCGCCCUCACACCCCGGCGUGCAGAAUGGCAUCGAACGAGAGACUGUAUGAGGUCUGGAUGUUGUACUGCAACAAGAGGGACCCUGAUUAUCUGAAGCUGUGGUUGGAGAUCUUCAUCAGCUCGUACGAUCGCAGUCUGGAUGUGGACUUUGAGAAACAGCCGAUCAGGGUGGAGGAGGUGCCCCCGGUCCUGUCUCUGCUCCCUGAUAACAUCCUGCAGGUUUUGCGUGUUCAGCUGCUGCAGUGCGUUCAGAAAGCUUCGAUCGGACUCGAGCAGGAACAGCAACACCUCGCUCUGCUGCUCCUCAAGUUCCUCAUCAUCAUCUGCAGGAACUUGUCUAAUGUGGAAGAAAUCGGCACCUGCUCCUACAUCAAUCAAAUCAUCACCAUGACGACGCUCUACAUCCAGCAGCUGAAGAGUAAGACUAAAGAGAAGGAGCUGGUGGAUCAGACGCAGGCUGAGGAGUUUGUGAGACAUGCGCUGACUUUCUGCGAGUGUCUGUAUGAUCCAUACCACAACUGGAGACACCGCAUACAUGGGCAGCAGAUCAGCACUGUGGAGAAGAGCAGACAGAAGUUUAAAGCGGCUCCUCUCACUGUUGAAUUCGUUCCUUUUUUCUAUCAGUGUUUUCAGGAGAGUGAGCAUCUGAAGGACAGUCUGAAGUGUUGUCUCCUCCACCUGUUUGGAUCCAUAGUUGCAGGUGGACAGCGUAACGCUCUCCUGGCCAUCUCCCCUGCCACCAUGGAGGUGUUGUUGGCUGUACUAGGCGCUGGGGAGUGCAUGGGGGAAGGUGAGGAAGGAGAGGAUUGGGACGGAGCCGCUCCGGAUCAGAAGGCGGUGCUCACUCUGUGCUGUCUGAGGGAGGUGGUGCACAGCCUGCUGGCCAGCAGCUCCGAUCAGAGACAGGUGGAGAUCAGCACCGUGCUGGACAGCUACUUCAAACUGCUCAACUACGACCCCAACACGGCCGGGGUCAAAGGUCACCCGGCUCCGCCCCGUUCCCAGCAUUGGGAGAGCCGGUUGGUGGCACUGCAGGUGAACAUGCUCGACACGAUACAGGACAUGUUUGAUUGUUCUGACCGGCCCGUUCUUCAGGCCAUGUUCCUCAACAGCAACUGUUUUGAGCACCUGACUCGCCUCUUACAGAACAGCAAGCUGGUAAACGUUAGGUUCGCCGCAGCAGACAAAGAGCAGAAAGAUUUAACCAACAGAUUACUGACAGGAGAGAUUGAAAGCCAGGUCUUUGAAGGCAGGCUAGACUCUCUCGCCGUGGCAACGAUCAAAACCCUUACCACGGUGAUGCACAAAUCACCAGCCGCCAAGGAAGUGUUUAAGGAGCGGAUUGGCUACACACACCUGUGCGAGGUGCUCGUCUCUCUGGGGCAGCCGUCCAGGAACCUGCUGAAGGAGCUCAUGAACAUGGCGGUGGAGGGUGAUCACUCUUCGGUUGGUUUUUUGGGGAUCAGUAACGUGGAGCCACUCCUCCUCCUGAUCCGCUGGCUGCCGGAACUCGACUCGUCCGAGCUUCAGAUCUUCGUAGCCGAUCGUUUACGGAGGAUCUGUGCCUUAAACCGACGCACACGGGCUGCCUGCGUCAAUGCUCGCAUGCCAGAGUGUGUCCUGUCCACGCUCGAGAGAGACACUCAACUGCCACGUGUAUGUGCAGAGAGCCUUCUGGCUCUUCUGGGUGCUCUGGGGGCGGAGUCUCUGAGCGGUGCCGAGCUCCAGCGGCUUCUGAGCCUCCUGAGGAACCCCGAGAACCGCCCUCAUCCUUACUCUGAGCCGGUGCUGCGUUCCCUGCUCGGCAUGCUCCGGAAACACACGCUCCACAGCGCAACACACUACUUCGAUCUGACCCCGCCCAUGGCAGGCAUCGCCGUGCCGACCAUUUCCAGGUGGCCAGGCUCGGCCUUUAGCUUCUUGGCCUGGCUGUCGCUGGAUCAGGACCAAUUGGACCCGGCCGGCAAGGGCGAAAAGAGAAAGCAGUUAUACAGUUUCUUCACACCAGGAGGUACAGGGUUCGAGGCAUUCAUAAGCUCCUCUGGCUCUCUGGUGGUGGCAGUGUGCAGUAAAAAGGAAUAUGUGACUGUCACACUGCCUGAUUACUGCUUCUGUGACUCACUUUGGCAUUAUAUUGGGGUGGUGCAUGUUCCUGGGAAGAGACCGUUUGGACAGAGUCUGGUCUACAUCUACGUGGACGGGCAGCUGAAGCUGUCUGCCCCGCUUAAGUACCCCAACAUGGCUGAGGUGUUCACGUCAUGCUGUAUCGGCUCAGCAGGUCAGCGCACCACCACCCCUCCCCCGUCUCAGAUCGCCGACCCCCCUCCAACUCGCAUGUGGGGAGGACUGUCCAGGCUGGCUCAGAUUUCCCCUGGGACGCAGGACAGUGAGUGGGGACGACCCACGUCACUGCAGGGACACCUGAGCACUGUGAUGGUGUUUAGUGAAGCUCUAAACACCAAUACCAUCAGAGCUCUGUACAACACAGGGCCAAACUGCAUUUCUCCCUUUAAAAGUCAGGAGGCGGAGCUCGGUGACCUCAGCACCAAACUCCUCCUACACUAUUCACCCAAGGCCUGUAAGAACCCGAUCUGCGUGGACCUGUCCCCUAAUCUACUACACGGACGACUGACUGGGAAUAAAGUGGUGAACUGGGACAUCAAGGACAUCAUUAACUGUAUUGGAGGACUUCCUGUGCUUUUCCCCAUUCUGGAGCAGCUGACCUUGUUAACCCCUGAACAUCACAGUGGCUUCUCAGGGUCAGAUGGCCUGACCCCUGAGUCGACCACACCCACUGAUGGAGACUGGGUCAUACUGCCAUCCAACAGAGCCUCAGAGGCCCGUUUGGAGAAGAAUCUUGUUGCGACCUUCCUGUUGGUGUUGAAGCACUUCCUGCACAGACACACAAUAAACCAGGAGACACUGCUGCACACACACGGAGUGGCCACCCUCGCCGUCCUGCUGCAGAAGCUGCCUGCUUUUCUGAUGGACGUGAGCGUGUUGGUUGCCGUACAGCUGCUGAUUGAGCAGGUGACAUACGAGAAGAAUCUCCACCUCCUGCAACAGCUGCACACGCACCUGCUGUUCAACUUCAACAUCUGGAACCAAGGAGACUUUCCACUGCGCAUUGGUCACAUCCAGUACAUGUCCACCGUUGUGAAAGACAGCAGGAAGCAGUUCAGGAAAAAAUAUGGGGUGCAGUUCCUGCUCGACACGAUCCGCCUUUACUACAGCAGUGGGACUCGCGAGGGCGAUAUGAGCGAGGAUGACGUUCGGACCAUCAGAGCAUCCCUUUGUGGCCUUGUCAAGUAUUACAUCAGCAAAGGUGCCAGUCAGGAGGAGAUCCAGAGCAUUCUGGGAUACGUUGCUGCUAUUGGAGAUGAAGAGCAGCUCUGUAGUGUUUUUGAGCUGCUGCUGAAUCUCCUCCAGACGAGUGCAUCACGAGAUCAGCUUUUCCUGCUGCUGUUCGAGCCGGGAGCGGCUGAUUCCUGCUACGCCCUGCUGCUCAAUCACAAACACUCCGAUCGCCUCCGAGAGCUCAUUUUCAAGCUGUUUGAGCGCAUGCUGAGGUGUGACCGUGUUUAUGAGAAGAGUAAGCAGAGGCUGAGACUGCGAGAAGUGGGCUACUCCGGCCUCACACUCCUCAUACCUGACCUUCACAUCACCCCCACGCUCGUCAAGUGCCUCCUCAACCAAAUCCUCCACACAGACUCUGUGGUGAACUAUAAGGAUCUGAUGGCUCUCGUGCAGCUGACUUAUCGAGCUGAUCUGAGUGUGCGCAUGCUCGUCUGCAAGAGGUUAUAUUCCCUGGUGCAGUCUCAGACAGACGCAGCGCUGCAGAUCUCCCGUCAGCCAUGUUGGCAGGACACACUGAUCCGUGUGUUGGUGCGGAGCUGCAGCGGUGACUCUGGGUCCAGUUCAGGGCGGGGCGACACGGCCAGUCUGGGCAGCGUCGGCUCGAGCCGGACAGAACUUCCUGUGUGUGUGGAGAGUCUGGAGGAGAACGGUGAAGUGCUGUCUCUGUCUGAAACACCCAGUGAGACCUCACAGAGCAGGGGGCUGAGUCUGGACCUGAGCCAGGUUCAUGUGCUCGAGCAGGGAGACAGCGGGAGUCAGACUCCCUCACCACUGGAGAACGCCAAACCUUUUCCUGGUACCGCCCCCGAACGAGAAACCACUUCCUCUCUAGGAGAUGACAGCUUCCUGUUCAGCGAUAACGUCUCCCUGGGAGAGUCUUUUAACAGCACAGAGCGCACAGAGGAGGAGCUGGCUCGGAUGAUUUUGGAGAUAGUGCUGUGUGUAAUGUGGAAGGGCGUGUCUGGCUCAGACGAUACAGCAUGGCUGGAGAGGGGACAGGUGUUCUCCGCUCUCACCAAACUGGGCACAGCUAACGAGCUCCUGCUACCUGUUGACCACAUCAAACUCAGUCUGCUGGAGCGGAUGCUGGAGUGCGCUGUGAUUGAUAACCGGGAGUGUGCUGCAGCCGUGUUGCCUGAGCACACGGAAAACGCGGUGCGACUGCUGCAUGUGGUGCAGGACUUCCUUCAGGCCGAGGGGCUGGUAAACCCGGCACUGUGGAGCGAGAGGCUGCUGGAGGACACGGUCACGCUGAUGGACGGCCUCAUGGUGUGGUACACUGCAGGAACACAGUGGCACCAGCUCUCGCAGCUCGGACUCAGGCUCUUGCUCGGGUUCAUGGCCCAGCCGGACCCUCAGGUGUGCGCCAUGGCAACAGCGAAGCUGAACGGGAUCCUACAGAUGAAAACGGUGGAGUCUCAGGACGAGGCGUGUUUCCUGCUGGGCCGGGUCGAGUGCAUCCUCCAGCGCUCGCUUGGCGAACAGAAGGAGACGGACGGGAGACGGAAGGACGAAGGGGUGGAUGGGAGAAGAAGGGAAGAGGAGACAUACGCGUUCCUGGUCCCUCUGCUCCGAACACUCCUCUCCAAAGUGCACAAGCUGCUGUACAUGGAGCUGCACCUCCCCUCGCUCCCAAACUGCAACGGAAGCCCCUCCUUCUUUGAGGACUUCCAGCUCUACUGCAGCUCACCUGAAUGGAGGGUGUACCUGGAUAAAUAUAUCAUCCCGUACAUGAAGCAGUAUGAGAUCGAGACCUUCAGUCAGGGGCAUGAAAACAUGGCUCUGUAUUUUAAGGACUGUUACGAGGCCUUCAUGAUGAACCUGCACCGCCGGGAGAGGGAAAAAGGCGAGAGCAAGAUCCGAUUUCAGGAUCAGUUUGUGGAGCCGUUCAGCCGGAGAGCUCGUCAGGAGAACCUGAGGUACAACAGCAUGCUGAAGCUGAUGCACACACAGAACAGUGCCAUCAGCAGGCAGUGGAAGGCGGCCCGACGAUCCCUCCUGGGUGACCGAGGACCCUGGGCUAACAGGCAGCAGAAAGAGAUGCACUGGAAGUUGUCAAGUGCAGAGAAUUACUCCCGUAUGCGUCUGAAGCUGGUGAGGAACUACAACUUCGACCCUCAUAGAGAGGCUAGUGCUCUUAGAGACAACCUGGGUGUGCAGCAUCAGCAGGUGAACACUGAGUCUUUGUUGCUGGAGGCUGUGAAGCAGGUGAAGGUCAGUGACCUCGAGGACGAAAUCCUAGAGCUGCCUGAGGAGGAUCCAAGCGGGAACACACAGGCGGACGAUGAAGACGCGGGACAGAAGGAGAAGCUGGUGAUGGUGGAGGACUGUGAGCUGGUCACUGUGGUGGAUGUUUAUCCCGGUCGCUUGGAGAUCACCAACCAGCACAUUUACUUCUAUGACUGCAGUACGGAGAAAGAGGAGGGUGUGGGACAGGAUUUCAAAUGGCCACUGUCUCAGAUCAGAGAGAUUCACCUGCGCAGGUACAAUCUCCGUCGCUCAGCCCUCGAGAUCUUCCUCAUUGACCAGACCAACUACUUCCUCAACUUCAACAAGGAGGUGCGUAAUAAAGUCUACAAUCGGAUGCUGCUGCUCUGCUCUCUCUCUCUCCACGGCACUCGCUCACCCCAAGAGCUCCUCAAGGCCUCUGGACUCACCCAGAAAUGGGUGAACAGGGAAAUCUCCAACUUUGACUACCUGAUGCAGUUGAACACCAUCGCAGGCCGAACCUACAACGAUCUGGCUCAGUAUCCAGUGUUCCCAUGGAUUCUGUCAGACUACACAUCAGAAGAGCUGGACCUGUCUGACCCGCGAGUGUUCCGCGACCUCUCCAAACCCGUUGCUGUGCUAAACGAGAAAAACGCCAAAGCAGUAAAGGAAAAGUAUGAGAGUUUUGAGGACCCCACAGGAACUAUAGACCGCUUCCACUAUGGCACUCAUUAUUCAAACGCUGCAGGAGUGAUGCACUACCUCAUCAGAGUCGAGCCCUUCACUUCCCUGCACAUCCAACUGCAGAGCGGCAGGUUUGACUGUGCGGACAGACAGUUUCACUCCAUUCCAGCCACAUGGCAGACCCUCAUGGAUAACCCCAACGAUGUCAAAGAGCUCAUCCCAGAGUUCUUCUACUUCCCCGAGUUCCUAGAGAAUCAGAAUGGCUUUGACCUGGGUCGUCUGCAGAUCUCCAAAGAGCGUGUGAACGAUGUCAUUUUGCCGAAAUGGGCCAAAUCUGCCGAGGACUUUAUUUACAAGCAUCGCAAAGCCCUGGAAUCAGAGUACGUCUCCGCCCACCUCCACGAGUGGAUUGAUCUGAUAUUCGGCUAUAAGCAGAGAGGUCCAGCUGCAGUCGAGGCCCUCAACGUCUUCUACUACUGCACAUAUGAAGGUGCUGUAGAUCUGGAUGCUAUCACAGAUGAGAAAGAGAGGAAAGCUUUAGAGGGAAUGAUCAGCAACUUCGGACAGACACCAUGCCAACUGUUAAAGGAGCCUCAUCCAGUCCGUCUUUCUCUGGAUGAACUGGAGAAGAGGAAAUCUCGUCUGGACACGUGUCCACUUAACAUCUUCGAGCAUCUCUCUGACCUCAAGUCGUUCUUCGUGGAGGGGAUCAGUGAUAACGCCGCCCUGGUGAAAGCAGUUGUCCCAAAGAACCAGUCUCACUCAUUCAUCUCUCAGGGCAGCCCAGACACGCUGGUUACCGUGAGUUCCAGCUGUCUGAUAGGAACUCACGGCUGGCUCUCUUAUGACAGAAACAUCUCCAACUACUUCACCUUCAUCAAAGACCCCACUGUGGCCAAUCAGAAGACCCAGAGGUUCGUAGCAGGGCCGUUCUCUCCAGAUGUGGACGUCUCUACUAAGCUGUUUGUUGUGUCUCAUGAUGGAAAGCUUCUGUUCAGUGGAGGCCACUGGGACAACAGUCUCCGAGUCACAUCGCUGCUGAAGGGGAGGACGAUAGCGCAACACAUCCGCCACAUGGAUAUAAUAACCUGCUUGGCCACGGAUCACUGUGGGCUUCACCUGAUCACCGGCUCCAGAGACACCACCUGCAUGGUGUGGCAGGUGCUGCAGCAGGGCGGGGCUCCAGUGGGUCUAAGCCCUAAACCAGUGCAGGUGCUGUAUGGACACACAGAUGAGGUUGUGAGUGUGUGUAUCAGCUCAGAGUUGGACAUGGCUGUCUCAGGAGCACGGGAUGGCACAGUGAUGAUCCACACAGUGAGGAGAGGACAGUACCUGCACUCACUGCGUCCCCCGUGUGAGAGCUCUCUGCCUGUGUGUGUCACACACCUGGCCAUGUCCUGGGAGGGUCACGUGGUGGUACACACCUGUGUGGAGGGCAAGGCCACACUGAAGGAUAAGAACACACUGCACCUGUACUCAGUGAACGGGAAACACCUGUGCAGCGAGCCUCUGAAGGAGCAGGUGACCGAUGUGUGUGUGUCAGGAGAGGUCAUCAUCACCGGCAGUGAGCAGGGCUUUCUCUCCAUCAGAGACCUGUACAGCCUGGCGCUGUGUGUGUGUCCCGUGGCGAUGCGUGUGCCGAUCCGGUGUGUGUCUGUGCCGAAGGAACAGUCUCACGUGUUGGUGGGGCUACAGGACGGAAAACUGAUCGUGGUCGGAGUCGGCAAGCCAGCCGAGACACGUUCAGGUCAGAUCACACGGAAGCUCUGGGGCUCCAGCAAACGCAUGACUCAGAUUUCCUCUGGAGAGACUGAAUAUCCCACCCAGGAGCAGAUCUGACUCCGCCCACUACCCAGCCAUUCACCAAUCAGGAUGGAGCAAGGAAGGAAGUGUAGUGUCCACGGUGUGUGUCGUGCUUUCAGACGUGUGUGUUGGACCGGCGCGGGCGCUGAUGUCCAGCUGGGUGUGUCGGAUUCGAUUACUACCCUUAAUCAUAUCAACACACACAAACACACACUCAUUGCGACACUGGUGUGUGGGUGUGGGUGUGUGUGGGUGUGUGUGGGUGGGUGUGUGUGUGUGUGUGGUAAAUAUUCCAUUUGUUUUCAGUGGCCUUGUAUCUCUUUGCCUUUUAUUUUUUUAACACACACUCACACACAUACACAUCAUAUGCACACAUAGGAAGGCUGUUCACUGUGUGUGUGUGUGUGUGUGUGAGAGAGACUGUCUGAAUGUGUUUGAUUUGUUACUUGAAUUCUGGAUUAUUUAUUUGAAUGAAGGUGAAUCAGUGACUUUUUAACUCUACACUUCAGUGAUGAAGGGCUUCAGUAGUCAUGACUCUAAGCAGCGAAGCAAUACAACCCCCCUCCCGACCCCCCCCCUCCCCUCCCCUACAAAAGACUGAUAAUGGUACAUUCCACUCUGUAACACGGCGACCGACCAAUCGUCCGAGUCUUCCCGUGAUACAGCAUGAGAACUGCCACGUACACGCUGUACGCUCCGGGGGAAGAGAUGGAGACGCCGUCGCUGUCGUUGGUGUCUUUAUUCCAGUGUGAAGCCAUGCACUCUGCGUCUGUUUACUAUGCAGGACAGCGUACUUCCACACCACUCAGUUACUGAACUUCUUUUAACGCGUGUGUGUGUGUGUGUGUGUGUGAUAUUGUUUCUUGGUAGAAAUUUCCUCCUUAAUUUAGGUAAGGAUUGAGCUAAAUUAUUAUUCGAGACGUAAAGACACACCGAUUUCCUUAUUUCUUCUUCUUCUUCUUCUUCUUCUUCUUCGUCGUCGUCUUCUUCGUCCAUGAUACUCAUGUCCUCAUGCUCGGGUUUUCGUGUGUGUGUGAGAGAGAAAAAUUUUACUUCACAUGCAGUGCUAGUUCAAGAGGUUAUGGUUCUGGGUUGUUGAUCAGAGGAUCAGGGUUCAAGCCCCAGCACCACUGAGCAGUUUAACCCUUUCUGCUCCAGUGGUGUUGUAUCAGAACUGCCCCAUGUGGUCUGACCCCAACUUCCUCAGCCUGGGCUAUGUGAAGAAAAAGAAUUCCAGUGUGCUUUAAUGUAUGUGUGACGAUAAUUAAGGCUUAUUCCGGACAACAUUCACCCAGUCAACUGGAAAUUAAUACCACUGCUGUUGAAUUCUUUAAUCUGAUUGGUCGCUACCGUUUCUAUAGUAACAAGCCAUGCAAAGACUUUCCACAUAAUGCGCGGCGGUAGCUCAAGCGGUUAAGGCUCUGGAUCGUCGACCAGAAGCCCUAGCACUGCCAAGCUGUCACCAUUGGGCCCUUGAGCCAAGGCCCCUAACCCACCCUGCUCCAGAGUGACCCUGACCCUGUGUUCUGACCCUAACCCCCAAGGAUGGGAUAUGUAUUAAUGUAUAUGCAGUAUAUGUGCAGUAAGACAACUUAACUGAUAGAAAGCGGAUUCAAGUACGUAAGAAAGGAAGGCGUAUAGUCGUUGACGGGGUCAAGCGUUCUCUAAGAAGAUCUACGGUAGGAGUCUCCAGUGUCAGAAGACCUGAUAGCGUGACCUGCUAGCAAGUGAUGAGGGAGGAGAAGAGAUUUUUAAUCCUGUUCUGUUGUAAGAGUGUUACACGGCAUGAACUGUAGUGUAACUAUAGACGGAUAAAAAGUACGGCACUGUGAAAAACAAACACUUCAGGCUUCAGGAACACACUGUUGAUUAGUUUCCAGUUACUGCACGACCUAAGCCUCUUUACUUAUUUAAUGAGAACAAAUUUCUAAAGUCUAAUUAAUACACACAUACAGAUAUUUUUUUAUCUAUACAUUUCUAUACAUAUUGACACACUAAACAUAUAUUUCUAUAUGUUUUCUAUCUCAUGGAGAGCGAUCUCACCUCACACUUUUCUGUAGAUGAUGUCACACACACGGUCAGUGUUUCUCUAACGCUGGCUCCGCCCCUCACCGAGACCGCAGUCUAGAUUUAUAAACUAACAAGCAACCUAUUUUUGUAGAAAUUCUAAUAGCCGUGUGUGUUUUUUUAACGCGUCACAGACACUAUUUUAAUCCGUUUUUGAGCAGGUCUUAAAGUUAAAGCAUUAAAAGGAGUCGUGUGCAAUCCUGGGAAAUGUUUAUAAUUAUUACAAACAUGUUUAGGAAACUUUUUUUU